CUUUGAUUAGAUAGCCUUGACAUCAAAAGUAAAGGUACACUCAUGACUCCUUUGUAAAAAACUUCUAGCCUUCAACACGUCUGCUCCGCAUCUGUUGUACAGCAUCACGUAGAUUGGGUAUUCGGCAUCGCAACAAAGCUACUUUUGGACAGAACCCGGUCGUGAACCACUCGCUUUCGAAUCUGACAUAUUUCGCCUCUUUCGAUCCGUCCCUAUAGACGGAAAAGAGAUAAUAGUCCUACAGGGCUCGUCGUCGUCGCUCGUAUGCAUCCGAGACUGCUCGGAUGAAUAGACCCAGCUCGCGCAUGUGAAAGAGAGAGUAGUCGACGACCAAAUCUGGACAAAAGGACAGACUAGAGAAAGACUAGAUGGGGUAGCGGAAAGCACUAGAUAUGUAGUUAGACAUCGAAAAUGCAACUCAAAAAUCGCUUUCCGUACUUCAUGAGACCGAAUCGCUCUUAUGAUGUGAUAUCGAAAAUGGCCAAAUCGCUCUCGCAAAUCGCUUUUCGUAUAUCAGUCAACCAUCCCAGCCACAUCUUAUUUCAUUCUCUUUCGCGACCGACCUCUGAAACAUGCAUCUUCAUAGUGGAUUCCGGGUUCAUGAUCUUCUCACUUUGAUAAAAACUUAAUCGGUAUUGAAUCGAAUUUAGGGAACAAGAAUUGUCCAGAAAAUUUGCUGGCAGAGCAAAGUAACAGAUUUUAGAGUGUUAGGAGGUGGCUCUGGCCGAGUGCGCCAAGAUGUUGGAAAUAUCGUUCAAGAGGGUGUACCAGAUGCUCUACGCGAGCUACUUCGUCUUGUCAGCAAACACGAUCCUAAAGUUCAGCGAUGCCCCGCUCGUCGUGUCAUGUAUUGAAACUUAUUGUUACUUAAUCUUAUUUUUGUGGCCUGUGUCUUGGUUUACAAGUCAAAAAUACUACUCAGCUACCCCUUUUGUUGUUGUAGCUUCGGGUUUGGAUUAUGGUGAUUGUGAUUUGCAAACCUCACAAGGACAGAUAGUAACUCUGACUUUCAACACUGGUAAUGGAAAUGGUCAUCAUGAGAAAAAGUAAAAUUUUGUUUUUUCAGCAAAAGUUGUCGAACAUCAAAUCGUCGAUUUGUUUCAUCAUGUCUCCUCUCACGUACAGGUCAUUACCAUUAUCGUGACAUCACAACAUCUCACGAAGAUUCUUGCAAUUCAGGUAACGACGCACUUGCUUCAAGAAUCCAGUGUCUGCUGUACUUUGCUAUGGGCUGCUUCAUGGUGGGCUGCGCACGACUCAAGUCAAUAAUCGCUCAAAGAAAAGUCAUGCAAUAUUUGGUACAUCAAAUAUAUCACCUGUGGAACAAUGUAGAUCAACUCCUAUCCUAUCCUAAUAAAUUUUAUCAUUAGAAUCAAGACUCACUUAUACUUCUUCAUAAUUAUGUCAACUGCUGCUGCGACUCGUUUUAGGUAGAUACCUCUACGUGAACAUACUCAUUCAAUCCUAUCCAGCAACAGCAACAUCAAGCAUUUUUAUUCAUUACUAGUGAUUAGAAGUAGUAUUAGUAGUACCACUCACUCUCCCAUCUUGCAGUCCUGUCUCGUCCCUCUCUCAGAUGGUGAUGCCACUAGCAAAAUUAGCGGUUAUCUACUCGAACGUGGGCGGAUGGGAUAUCGUUAUGGUUCCGCCAAUCGCCGACUUGCUUCUAAAGACAGUCGUUGUACUCUUUUCUACUACGUCGAUAACACGAACUUUGAUGACUUGUUUCGACGUCCUGGUGAAGCCGAUAAUGAUUAUCGCAGAGAAAUAAGCCAAGGUCUUCUUCGUAGUACUUGAGGCAGCAUGUUGAAGGAGGAGAAGCAACUUUGAUUUAAUACGAUGUCAGGUAUACUGCUUCACUCCGAAAGCAGACAAGAGCACCGAGACGCCGCCAAAGAAUAUGCUCAAUUUAUUGCGAUUUCUCUACGUUUCAUCACUCGCUUACGCAGUGUACAUCAUCUUCAUCGAUCCAGUUCGAAGUGGUAUUCUUAGGUUUUUAAUUCAAACUCCUUAAUAGGCGGAUUCUAAUAGUAAUCUAGUAUUAGAAGUAGUGUCUUCGUCGCUUUGAUUUUCGAAUUUGUCAUCGGGUCCUCUCCCUAGUUGUAAGACUACCGGGUAGCGACUUGAGUGACUACUACGUCACCAAUGACUGGCUAUGCGGUGGGGGCCACCAUCUAAGCGAACCUUCGCGAAUCUACUGAGGGACGAAGCGGCUGCGUGGUGGCCCUCACCAAAUACGCAACACUUCGAGAAACACUUAGCGAAGCACCUAGCAAAGCACCUAGCGAAGCACUUAGAGAAGCCCUUAGCGAAGCACUAGGCGCAGCACUGGGCAGAUGCUUCGCUGUGGUGAUGACAGGCACUACCUAAGCGACGCUUUGCGAGGCACAUAAGGGACGCGUCGCUUAAGUGGUGACAGGCACUACUUAAGCGAAGUUUGGCGAGGUACGUAAGGGACGCCUCGCUGAAGAGGUAGCAGGCACUACCUAAGCGAUGCUUGGCGAAGGACAUAGGGAACGCGUCGCUUAAGUGGUGACAGGCACUACUUAAGCGAAGUUUGGCGAGGCACUUCGCGGACGCGUGGCUUAGGUGUCUGAAGUAGGUAAUUUUGAAGCGAGAGGAUGAAGAAUCAGGAUUUCUUCAUGAAACCCCAGAUGUGUACGGCAGUUCUGGCGCGUCUAUCUCGUACUGUCUUCAAUCCGCAUACGUAGUUAUCAUCGGAAUGUCUUGCGGACUGAUGGCUGUUGCACAAUGCGACGAGCCUAGCGCUAAAGUGCUCCUCCAGUAUGGUACUUUUAUGUUUCAGCGAAUAGAUGUAAAUGAUCUCGUCGGAGUACCUAAAAUGUUUUGCAAUGAAAAAGAUAAUCUUGAAACUGAUGGAUGCUUUUCGAUUUCGGAAAUGUAACUGUAAACAUCAAUAAUUACAUUGAAGAGACUAGUAGCAGUAUUCCAAGCGGGGCUAAUAGAUACCUUCAUCUCCGCCUUCAGUACUUUUCAUUGCUGCAGGUAUGGUUCUUCCUUUGGUGUACCUGUUUGAUCUCUUUCCGGCCACGGUGAGUGCAGUUGGCGGUGCCGCUGUUAAGGGUUCUCUACCUGAUGCGUGCUUCUCAUGGAUCUCCAUCAUGCUCACGGUCUGCGUACUCUAUCCUGCUCCACUGCGAACGGCAAUUAUCCGCGCUACUUAUGUCUUCUACGCCUUUGGUGCGUACGUCCACAUCCUCCACCCCCUGGCUGCAGUACUACACUUCCUUUUACCAAGAAUUGUUUCACGUUCGUUGUUGUACUAAAUAGUGUUAAUGUUGUAAAAACAGAAAGACCGAUUCUACUACUGUUUCUACUAUAUCUGCUUGUACUCCACUAGAAUUUCUUUUGCAACGAGGAUGUUACAAGAUCAUCAGUCGGAAUAAUGAUAACCUUAACGCCGGUUAAGCUUAACCUGAACGUUAACCUUCUUAACUCCAUCGACUACAGAGCCAAAUCUUCUUGUACGCGACUCCCCUGGCCGUACCAGUGGCAAAUCUUGUGGGUGCCCUGAUGUUCCUCGUAUCCCUGGUUUUGAUGGCAGCAGCGCAGUCAGAUGUGGGCCACUCACAAUUGAAGCUCAUCCAAUACUCAAUCUUCGGUGACUUGGUCUUGCUUGUAUGGUGCAUACUCCAUUAUUAAUACGACUCAGUAGAUAGAAUGAGCAGUAAUUAGGCUUGUUAUCCAUAUUUGCGUUACAAAAUUAUAGUUCUUGUAAACUCUUUUGUUGUAGCAGUAGCAGUAGUGUACCCAAUCAUGGGGUAUACAUCAGUAGGACACACCUACAAACUUUUAGUUCGUGGAAAAUCAAGUUUUCCAUGAGCCAUGCCCUUCAUCUUCUCCACCAAAAAUGAUAUCACAAUGCCACUUCUUCUUCUUCUUCCCUUUUUUCUUCAUACUGUGUUAGCGCAGCAGUAGGAGGAUCGGACUUUGGCCUAUUACUGGAGAUUGCCGCCACCAAGUCACUGGUUGUGAAAGCGGUCGAUAUCUACUUCGAGCAGCAUGAUAUGGUGAGCCCAACCUUCGGCGGCCUCUUCGCUUCGGACUUCGGAAUCGUAGUGGAAAGCGCGCCAAAGGUUAAGGCUAUUAUUAUACAACAAGUCGUUGUGCAUGUGCAGAUAACGUAAAUCAUUUGUACCUAGAGGAGGUUACAUUUGUGGAGCAUCGUUAACAUUGGUUGCACCAUGUGCAGGAGAGUACGCAUUUGAAAUGUAAAAUUUGAACUUGAGUAUCUACUAGAAAUCCAUGAAGAUGUACAAGAAGGAGGACCAAACUCUUCUAGAAGAUUCUCGUGAAAAAUAGGACAUCUAUGUAGUACACUCUAACAAAAUUGACGAAAAGAAAGCCUUCGCGAAGCUGGUGGCUGCCGACAAGAAGCGCGCAUCGUCUGUGAUGAAGAAAAAAAAAUAAGCAAAUAUUGAUGAGAUGAUUUGUGAAAACACGACCAAAUAUUUCUUCUAUUCGGGUGUCUACUUUUCAAGAUGUAGAAUCUCUACUUUUGACACCUUUCUUUUCUUUACUCGUAAGAUAACCGCAAACGCAAAAAACGAGCUAUGACCACUAUCGAAAACCAAGAGAUCGACACCGUUAAAAACAAGACCACGAGAAACAAAAACCAGAGUAUUGCGACAAACAAAAACCAGAGCUAAGAUUUCCUUUGACAAGAAACUUCGUUAGACUUGUGUUUGUUCCCUUUUUAAGAAUCUUCCGUUAAGUUUGAUAGAUUGCUCAAGCACCUGACAAGAACGAAAGUUAGCGACUCACUUCAGCUACACAUUGCUUAGUAAAUGCAAUGGUAAACAUCGGUUGGGCCGUUCGCGAGACGGUACCUGCACAGAGCACGACACGAAAUUUCUAUCAUGUCAUAUCUCAUUUUUGGAAAAAAAGGCUUGCAACUUUUGCAACGCUGUCAUGCAAAUGCAGGUUAACAUGAGGAUUAUACAUGGGGAUUUUACACGAGGAUUCGAUCUAAGUACGCAAGUAGAACAAUGUGCAUAAGCUGUUACAACUCAUCUUCAUAUGCUUGGAGAAAACAGAAUUCAAAAAAUGAACUCGCAUGUGCAUGGGAAUGUACUAGAAAAUGAAUGAUAUGGUCCUCGAUGUUGAGUGAGAGUAUUCGCCCGCCCCUUUAUCUUCAGAUCAAGACUCGCACUUUCUAUCUGCAAAUGAGUACGACAGAAGUGCAUAAUUCCCGCCGCCGUCCCCGUCAUAAUUCCCACUGCCCAUGUCGCUCGUCAUCUAGAUUUAC